UGUACACUAUCGAGUGCACUUCGGCAGGGCUGAGGGAGAGACUUUGGGACGGAAACGGGUUAUUCUAGUCUGUAGCUCACUUCCGGUUUGUUGUGCGUGAGCUGUCAUGAGUGAGUUCUCGUUAUCUGAUGCGUUCGGGGAUGAUGCCCCCAGUCAAGCACCAAAAACAGCACAUGACAAGCCGUCAGCCCCGACAGGACCUGCUGCCCCCUCAUGGCCCAGUGCACCUUCUGCUGGCCCAGCUGCCCCUGCAUGGCCCGGAGCGACCCCAGCUGCCCCUGCAUGGCCCGGAGCGACCCCAGCUGCCCCUGCUGGCCCAGCUGCCCCUGCGUGGCCCGGAGCAACCCCAGCUGCCCCUGCGUGGCCCGGAGCAACCCCAGCUGCCCCCACUGGCCCAGCUGCCCCUGCAUGGCCCGGUGCACCCCCUGCUGUUCCUGGUGCCCCUGCUGCUCCUUCUUGGCCUGGGGCUUCCCCAUCUGGCCCUGCGUGGCCCGGAGCUGCCCCAGGUGGUCCAAACUUACCCCCCUCUGGAGGUCCUGCCGCUCCUCCCCCUGCCCCAGGAGCUCCAGGCCAGUUUCCCAGCAUGCCAUCUGCCCCAGGCGGAUACCCUACUGGCCCCGGGAUGCCAGGACAGUUUCCCCCUGCACCAGGGCAGUUUCCUGGAAUGUACCCCUCUCCUCCUGGGGCUCCACAGGCUCCCUACCCCAACAUGCCCUACCAAGGGAACAUGUAUGGCCCUGGAGGCCCUGCCCCUUUUCCUCCUGCCACAGGGUUUUCUGGAGGAGCAUUCCCACCUGUGCCCCCUGGCUCAUGGGGACUGCCCACAGGCCCACCCGCAGGACCGCCCACAGGACCCUAUGGAGGCCCCACUGCUCCUGGAGGAAUGCUGUCGGUACCAUAUGAUCUGCAGCUCCAUGCUGGAAUUAUGCCACGCCUUCUGAUCACAAUAGUGGGAGAACCUGUACCUGGAGGAGAGAGGUUUCAAGUGGACUUCAUGAAGGGUGAAGAUAUAGUGUUCCACUUUAACCCUCGGUUCUCUGAGCAGACCAUCGUCAGGAACUCCAGUCUGUCCGGGUACUGGGGUCCAGAGGAGAGAGAGGGAGGAUUUCCCUUCACCCAGGGGCAACAGUUUGAGCUGAAGAUCCUGGUGGAGGAGGAUGUGUAUAAAGUGGCUGUAGAUGGAGUUCAUGUUCUGGAAUACGAGCACCGAGCAGGAGGAAUGGAGCAGGUCACACUGCUGAGGGUGUGCGGAGACGUGACCUUAUACAGCGUUGCCCCAUCCAUCAUCUAACACACACACACACACACACACACACACACUCUCUCUCUCUCUAAACGUGAGUGAGAGUUCUGACUCUCUAAAAGACUUUAACUUUGCUGCAUCAUGACAUUUAUAUCAGGAAGUGAAAUGAUCUGCUCAUAGAACGAGAACAUUUAUGGCGUGAAAUGAUUAAAAUGUCUUUAAGUUGAAGAAUCAUCUAGCGGUUUACUGUAAUCUUAGAAGAGGAGGUGACGAUCCGUCUGACUGUCACUGAGGUCAUUUUUACUUGAUGAAACGUGACGUGUGACAGUGCAGUGUCUCCCUCUGUCUCUCUCCCCAGUCUGUCUCUCCCCCCUCCCCUCUGUCUCUCUCUCUGUCUGUCCCCCCCCUCUCUGUGUCUCUCUCUGUUGUCUGUCUCCCCCCCCCCCCCCCCCAUGUCCCCCCCCUUUAAAUCCUGUGUUUAGAUUCAGCUCUAAAAUAAAAUUUGGGAAACUUGCAGGUAAAACACUGAACUUUCACACGCUUCAAUUUAAACCCCUCAUGGUCAGAUUCUAAUGCUACAAAACACCACAAAUUAUAAAACACUACUCCCCUGUGCAUGUGUGUGUGUGUGUGUGUUUCCAGUUGAGAGAUUACUGCAGCAGUGUAAACAGAUGUUCGACGCUGCAGUUCAGUGUUUUAAUCCUCUGAAGCUGUGAGAAGUUUCAUGAACAUGUUGUUCUUCUCACAUCAUUACAGUGAAUCCAUUUCCUGCGUUUAAUCGCCGCUUUAUUUCUGUUUCAUCGUUUCAGACUCCGUGAACAGCCAACAGAUUUACAAUCAGAACAGAUUUAUAUUUAUAAAUAAUCAUCAUUUCACUGCUGCAGUAUUAAUGAUAAGAUCACAGCUGGAUCAUGAUGUGAGUUUUGAACAUUUUAUUUCUAUAUAAAUAUGCUGGAAGAGAGACGCCUCUGAGCCACACCAGUGUGAACACAUCCCACUAACUCCACACUUCAGGUCACAUUAAUGAGUUAAUAUUCUGUUAAUGAAUUGUUCUGACUGAGUGCUGAGUCACUGAGUGCAGCGUUACCUGACAAUUAGCUUCAUUAAUAUACUUCUAUCUUCACGCAUCACUGACACAACGCACAUAUUAAUUACACAAAGGGCAGCAGAAGUUCAUUCACAGAUCAUCAACUGAAUUAAAGAUAAAUAGUUGUAGGUGUUUUUAAAUACAGUAACUGGUUAUUAAAGGGGGAAUAAACUUAUCAACUAUGAGUUAUUUAUAAACCUGUCACUGAACCCUGUCUCAGUAAAUUAGUAGUUACUCAGUAAUAAUUAAUGAUUAAAGGAAUCGUUAACUCAUAUUAAAUACAAAGAACAAAUGAUUAACAGAAUAAUAAUUAAUAUGUACCAAAAAUAUGUUCGUGUGUAUUCUGUGCCUGAGGUUGUUUUUCCCCUAAUUGUAGUCAUUAAUUUUAGUUUGUGCCACUUGAAUGAAGUGAUGUUUUUUCUUUUUGUUUGCCAGAGCCACUGCAGUGCUGAGAGUCUGAAAUAAAAUCUUUAACACUGUUUUAGAAAA